ACAUUCGAAUGGAAAAACAAAGGAGCAAUACUUUCCUGUUUCUUCUGGGGAUCUAUAUUACCAGAGUUGGGGUCAGGAUGGCUAGCCAACCGCUAUGGUCCCAAAUGGUUUUUGGUCGGAUCAUCAAUUGUUUGUGCCAUAUUGGAUCUCUUGCUACCAACAGCUGCUUAUUCCUUUGGAUCCGAGGGAGUAAUGGUCUGUAGGGUCCUGCAAGGAUUCGCUCAGGGUAUUAUUCCUGCUUCCUUGCACGGUCUGCUAGGAAAAUGGGUUCCUCCACAUGAAAGAAGUGGAUUGGGAACGCUAGCUGCUGGUGGUGCAACAAUAGGAGCGGUAGUGAUCACGUUCACAAGUGGCUACUUAGCAGCUAGCUGGUAUGGAUGGCCAAUGAUAUUUUAUUUGAAUGGUGGUUUAGGAUUUUUAUGGAGCAUCAUCUUCACCUAUAUGGGCAGCAAUACUCCUGCCGAACAUUCCUCUAUCACACAUGCUGAACAGUUUUACAUAGAGAACAGUUUACCUCUUGAGGACAAAGCUAAG